UUGGAAAAAUGGUGGCCAGCGACCGAGUACAGAAGCUGCUCCGACGAUAUAAACUAGCCAUUGCCGCCGCACUAACUAUCCUCCUGGUCCAAGGGCUCGUGGUAUGGAGCCUGAGAAGUCUGGAAGAAGGCGAGGCAGAGAGAAAAACCCGCUGGUCUAAGCUGCCGGACAGCCAGGACCCCAAAAGAGACCCCUCAGUUUGGGAGAAACAAAACUCGUUGUCGGGGAGGAACCGCGGGAGAUGGAGCGGCCGGUCGGAGAGGACGGGGGGCACGGCGGCCAGCGCGCUGAGGAGGGGCUCCAGCCGCAAGGUCGAAAAGCCCGGCGUCAGGCCGAAGCCUGCCCUGCAGCUGGGGCAGGACGCCGCGGGCCCCCACGACCCGUCCAGCAGCCGGAACUUUAGCGACACGCGAGGGGGGGCCGACGGAGCGGCCAAGCCCCUGACUGGCGGCAUGCCGGGGGAGACGGGCAGCGUGGACGGGGCGCACCAGGCCCCCAGCAGCGGCUUCGUGCCCAAGUGCAACAUCGGAGGCAAGGACGCGCUGUCGGCCAUCCAUCGCGCCGGGUCGCAGCGGUGCCGGCAGGAGAUCGCCAACAUCGUGUGUCAGCACCAGGCCGGGAAGCUCAUGCCGGGCGCGCUCCCUCAGUUCUGCCCACAGCUCGCUGUAUCGAAUCAGGUGCAGGACUACGGCGAGCUGGACAACAGCCUGCCCAAAGUGAAGAACCCGGUCCGAGUGGCCUUCGUCCUGAUGGUCCACGGCCGAGCUGUGCGGCAGCUCAAGCGGCUCAUCAAAGCCAUAUAUCACCGUGACCACUACUACUACAUCCACGUGGACCAGCGGUCCGGCUACCUGCACCGGGAGGUCCUGCAGAUCGCCCAGCAGUACCCGAACAUACGAGCCACGCCCUGGCGGAUGGUCACCAUCUGGGGAGGGGCCAGCCUCCUGAAGGCCUACCUACGCAGCAUGCAGGACCUGCUCUCCAUGCUGGACUGGAAGUGGGACUUUUUCAUCAAUCUCAGCGCCACAGACUUCCCCACGAGGACCAAUGAUGAACUCGUGUCGUUCCUGUCGCAGCAAAGAGACAAGAACUUCCUGAAGUCCCACGGGAGAGAAAACGCCCGGUUCAUUAAGAAGCAAGGCCUCGACCGUCUCUUCCACGAGUGCGACAACCACAUGUGGCGCCUCGGCGAGCGAGGCAUCCCCGAAGGCCUCGACGUCUCCGGCGGCUCCGAUUGGUUCGCGCUCACCCGCCGCUUCGUGGAGUACGUCAUCGGCUCCCAGGACGCCCUGGUUUCGGGGCUGAAGCAGUUCUAUUCCUACGCGCUGCUCCCCGCCGAGUCCUUCUUCCACACGGUGCUCGGGAACAGCCACAUGUGUGACACCCUGGUGGACAACAACCUGCGAGUCACCAACUGGAACCGUAAGCUGGGCUGUAAAUGCCAGUACAAGCACAUCGUGGACUGGUGCGGCUGCUCCCCCAACGACUUCAAACCACAAGACCUCAUCCGGAUCCAGCAAUUGACCCGUCCGACAUUCUUUGCACGCAAGUUUGAGUCUUCGGUGAACCAGGAGGCCAUAGACAUCCUGGACACUCACCUGUACGGCCAGUACGCGCCGGGCACCGCCGCCAUCAAGGCGUACUGGGAGAGUCUGUUCGAGCAGUCGGAUGGCGUCGGCUCGCUCGGCGACGCGGCGCUCACCGCCUACACCGCCUUCUCUCGUCUGGGCGUGAGGAAUCUGGAAAGCACGCAGAGCGACGUGGAGGCCUGCAGGUUAGAACCAGUAGGCCACCCUCUAUCAGUGCACGUUUACUUUUAUGACGACCGGUUCCAAGGAUAUCUGGUGCGUCAGGAAGUCCAGGCUGUGGGUUCAAAGGUCAAGGAGACGCUGGAGAUGUGGGCAGUGCCCCAAGCCACGCUUGUCCUCGAGACGAACCUGAAGGAGUUUGAAAGGCUCAAGAACCUGGAAAUCGGCACGGAGUGGGAUCCUAAAGAGAGGAUCUUCCGGAACUUUGGGGGCAUCAUCGGCCCUUUGAGCGAACCCCUGGCGGUCCAGAAGUGGGCACGUGGUCCCAACCUCACGGCCACCGUGGUGUGGAUCGACCCGGCUCUCGUGGUGGCCGCCUCCUACGACAUCACGGUGGACGUGGACGCAGAGUACACCCAGUACAAGCCCGCGCUGCAGCACCCGCUGCGGCCCGGCACCUGGACGGUCCGGGUGCUGAAGCAGUGGGAGCGCGUGGCGGAGGUUCGCUUCCUCGUCCUGCCCUUAACCUUCAAAGACAAGGAGCCGCUGCGCAGAGAAGAGGACAGCUGGCUCCAUGCGGGUCCUUCGGGGAACUUGUACCUGGAGCAGAGCUUCCAGCAGCUGAGCGCCGUCCUGAAGCUGCCUCCGCAGGGGACGGCCAUGCAGGAGGCCCAGCGGAAGGCCCGGCUGGUGGGUCGGCCCCUUGAAGCCUGGGCGGACAGCAGCGUGGGGACCUUCUGGGUCGCAGGCGGCCUGUGCGCCGCAGAGUCCUCGUCCUGCCCAGCCGUGGGACCCUGCCGCGAGACCUCCUGGAGCUCCCUGUCCCCGGACCCCAAGUCGGAAAUGGGCCCGGUCAAAAGCGACGGGCGGAUCAGGUAGCCCCCGACAGAGGAGAGACGGUGGACUGAGAGGGGAGCUGGACCUGUGAGGGCACAUAAACGGGCCGGUGGUCCUGCACCGGGGGGGUCGGGACGUCCUCAGUGAAGUGGUAAUCCAGACCUAAAAGGGCAGGAUGUGGCUGCUGGUAAUUUGCACAUAGACGGUGGGAUUGUUCGCUGAAAUGGACACAACUAUGUAUAGUUUUAUUUUUUCCCCAGUCUGGGGGCCUCUGUGCACAGUUUUCAUAUUUUUCUCCACUUUGAAAGAAUCAGGAAGCGUUUGUCAAAACUCCACUGGAGGCUCUUCUUCAUUUCAAGGCAGAGCGGAACCUCUGGGUGAUGUCGGUGUGCUUGUUUUGAAGCCUUAUUGUUAUGUGUGAGCAUGAGGAGCAGACGGAUGAAGUGCACUUUACUGUCGGGCUGUAAUGUUAAACAGGGGGGGAGGGGUCACGGAUGAGGUCACUUCACUUUCAAACCGCACACACACACACACACACACACAUAUAAGAUGAGAGAGUGUAUGGAGAGUAUUUAAUGUGUAGUUCUGUUUACUGUGACAUCAUUGAACAUGUUUGUUGUAUGUAUUUGUUUAGUCUGUUAGUUCUCUGAACUGAAGUGUUAAGUUGUCUUUGAGGUCCAUCGCUGCAAAAACCACACAAUCGUUUUUUGUUUUUUUUUAAGAUUCCUAUCGUAAGGAGUCAUUUUCCAAGUUCAGUUUCCUGUGAAUUUGAUCGGUGGGCGUUUUGGUUUCCAGACUUCUUUUAAAUUUUAAGUGAAUAGUUUAGUUUGCGUUCUUGUCCAGAGUUAAGUGAGAAGAUGGAUACGCAUCUUUAGUGUUGUAACUACGAGGCAGAAGCUGGCUAACUUAGCUUAGCACAAAGGCUAGAAAAUGCUGUCCUGGUUUCCAUGGGGAACCCAAUCAGCCUCCCAGUAACUAUCCAAAGCUCAGUCUUUAGUUUGAAAACCUAUUUUUACGGUUUCCUUUGGUCGGAAGCGGGCUAGCUUCAUCGUGCUAAGCUAUCGGUCUGAAUGCGUGUAUUUCCCAAAAUGUUGAACUUUUUUUUAAAUUUUUUUUUAGAUUCAUGUCUUUUAAAUUGCUCGGACAAAAGGUAAAUGUUCCCGUGCACCACUUCAUGCUUGUGGUCUUCAUUUCACCUCCCACGAUGCAUUUCUACUCAACCCAGAUGUAAAACACUUCACUGUAUGUCUGUGUUUUAAUGAUGGCGUGAUUGAGGGAAUCUAAGCUGCCUUCACUUAGUGAGAAGAAAUGUUUACUAAAGGAUUAUAGCUGCAAUGAAUGCCUUUUCAGAGUUAGACAGUGACCCCCCCCCCCCCCCCCAAACCCUCAAUCCCACAUCUGUCUUAGUUCUUUUUUUUUAACCUUAUUUUAAACUUUCUUAAACAAUAGAUGGCCACCAUAUGGGUUUUCAAGUGACCUUGUUUAACUUGCGCAUUACAGUGAAGCCCCCGUUUUAUUGAUGAGAGCGAUGGGCGGAUAUGAUGUUAUUUUUCUACGCUGUGUGUGUUUGUUGUCCGUUCAUCUCCACUGUUAACGAUUAACGAUUGCUGUCUACUGAAGGAGGUACUCAACGCUGCUGCCUGCUCACCCUCGUUUGAAGCAGACCAGGUGUGUUUUUGGGGGCGGGGGGGGGGAUGG